AGGGCGCUGUGGGCGUAGCCCCUGCCCGGCCGCGCCCUCUCCUCUCGCCGCGGGUCCGGCGGGCCCGGUUAUGGCGCUGCCGGUGCUGUCGAGCUCGGCCGUGAAGUUCCGGCGGGUCCUGGCACACUUCCCGCAGGAGCUCAGCCUGGCCUUCGCCUACGGCUCGGGGGUGUUCCGGCAGGCGGGGGCCGCGGCCGAGCACGGCGAGAACAAUAUGCUGGAUUUCGUAUUUGCUGUUGAUGAUUCUGUGACCUGGCAUAUGAUGAACUUGUUAAAGAACAGGAAUCAUUAUUCCUUCCUAAAAUUUUUUGGGCCAAAACAGAUAACUAGUAUGCAGAGCUACGGAGCAGGAAUUUACUACAACACUUUAGUGCCAUGUAAUGGUAGGAUGAUAAAAUAUGGUGUAAUUAGCACUGAUACCCUGAUUGAUGAUUUACUUCACUGGAAAACCCUCUAUGUCGCUGGGCGCCUACAAAAGCCGGUGAAAAUACUGACACAGAAUGAGAAUAGCAAGCUGCAAGCUGCUCUUGUUAGCAACCUGAAGAGUGCAGUCACAGCAGCCUUUCUCAUGUUACCAGAAAGUUUCUCUGAAGAAGACCUCUAUAUGCAGAUUGCAGGACUCUCCUACUCUGGUGAUUUCAGAAUGAUAAUAGGAGAAGACAGAUUGAAAGUGCAGAACAUAGUGAAACCCAACAUACCCCAUUUUCAGAAGCUGUACAGUACCAUAUUACAGGACUGCCCUCAAGUGGUAUAUAAGCACCAUCUGGGAAGACUAGAGAUUGAUAAAAGUCCAGAAGGUCAAUUUGCACAACUAAUGGCUUUGCCAAAGACUCUGCAGCAAAAGAUAACUUCUCUGGUAAACCCUCCUGGAAAAAACAGAGAUGUGGAAGAAAUUUUACUGCAAGUUGCCCAUGACCCUGACUGUGGAUUUGUGGUGCAUCAAGGCAUUUCAGGAAUUGUGAGAUCUUCCAGUAUAGUGCAGAGUGCUAAAACCAUACUGACAGCUGGGGCAAAGAAAUCUGUAACUUACAGUAUGAAGAAAUUAUAUAAAAUGACAAAGGGAUGGUUAAGGAAGACAUCUUGAGUCUUGACGUAGUAUGUAUGGGUAAAUAAAUGGUACUUUUUCUCUAAAUAUUUUGCAGAUGCCACUUUGCAUACUUGAGAAGAUUACAACGCAUUUAAGAAGUCCAUUCUAAUGACUUACAUGCCCAAUUUUAUGAAUGAAAUAGGAACUUUUUAAUGGGAGAAGGUUUGCUGGUAAUAGGGCAAAGGAAUUCUACUCUGUAAAUACUGAACUGUAUUUUCUUGUAUACUAGAGCUUGGAUUUUCAGAAACCCCUAGUAAAAAGAAUUGAUUGUACAUAUGAAUGAAAACCCAAAGCCACUCAUUUUCUAUGUAUUGCUAGCUUUAUUUUCCAAAAUACCCUCAGGCUCUUUCAAAAUAAUCAAGUUCUUUCAGGGACUUAUGGAACUGGAGAGCCCACUGAAUUUUGUGUAGAUAAGAAACUGUCCUUUCACAUUUCUGCAUUGACAAGUUCAUCCUUAGAAUUCUUCUGAGGAUCCUCACUGGAUGCUUCUGCAGGGCAGACCUUAUGGAAAGGACAUUUCUUCUCACGUGUGACAUUCUGAAUCCAAAAAACUUCCACGGUGACUUUCAGUGUGGGAAAGAGAAAUGAGCAGCUUGUCAGGUGUCAGGUUUCAGUCCUUUCAUAAAAAUCCUUUUAUGAGCCUGAGAUGAAAACUGCCCAACUCAUGGCUCAGUCUUGUCAGAAGAGCCAGAGUUGGAGGGAAAAUCAUAAUUCCAUGGACCUACUUGUGCAGACUUAUGAAAUAUGUGUUGUUUGGCAAAAGAUUCUAUCAAAGCACUUUGAAGUUGGGAAUAUUAUGAACAAAAGCACAUAUUUUUUGAUUCUUUGAUUUUAUUUUUUUUCCCCUGAAAAUACUGUCCACAAAGGUGAAACUUGUUUUCCCUUUAAAAAUUAGCUAAACUAAAGAAAAUUGGAGUUUUACAUAACGUGUUCAAUCAUGCCAUUAAAGAUUGGACAUUUCUGGCAGUUUUCAUGUGUGGUGCAAUAAAUUUGGAGGAUCUUUUGUAAACAGAAUAUUUUUCACACUCAGGUGGGUUUCCUACUUUGGGAAGUUUAUCUUAUUAGAAAUAAAUUGAGACAAGAUUUAAUUUUGUUUGUGAAAAUGUCAGUGAUAAAAAUAAUGUAAUGGUAAAAAAUGGAAAUAAGAUGUAUCUUUCCUGAUUAGCAUGUGUUUUUUUUCUUGUAAAUUAUCUGAUCAGUAGGGUUGUCUCAAGCUACAUUCAAUUUAGUGAUCUCACUUUAAAUUAUUGGAAUGAAGUUAUCUGCUAAUUGUUUCCAGGGAGCAGUUCAAAGCAUGAAUUUAAGAAAGACAACAGAAAAUAUAUUAUUGUAUGUAGUAUGACUCAUGCAGGCUUACUUUAAUCAUAGGACAACUUUAAAAUAUUGAUUAUUUUUAAAUAUUUGAGUUUGAAAUUUUAAACCAGAGUCAGGAAAUAAAUGUGUCCCCUUUUUAAAAUUAUUAUCUUGAAAAAUAUUAUUCCUGUGAAAUAGUAAAGAAAUGACUGUGAAAAUUUCUAAGGCCAUAGGUAGAUUCCUAAAACUUUGCAUUAUCCAUUGGUGAUAGAUCCAGAAUGUGUGAGCCAAAUCCCCUCAAAUGUCCCUUUGCUGAUAUUAGAAGGCUCAUGACCCUUUUUAUGGGUCAUGAUGAAGAAUGUUUGUAUGUGUGGUAUUAGCAUUCCCUGUCCCCCCUUACUAAUGGAAGAGGCCAAAUUCCCCAAUUUGAAAAGUUUACCAUAUAAGAAAUGUAACCAGGGGCUUUAAGCCACUGCUUAAAUAAACUUAACUUGGGUUUUGGCUGGAUUUUUUUGUUUGCACGAAGAGGUUCCUUUGUAGAUAAUCUAGAAGUCUUUUAUACAUAAUACACCCUUAUCCACCUUAAAAUUAACCUCAUACGAGUUAAUUAAGUGAGGGCUUACAGUAGCCAUACCAUUUUUAACAUUUCAGCAUAAGCUCUAGUAAAAGAAAUCUGAAAUCAGAUGUUGACUUGCUUAGGUGUGCUCGGUGGGAAGCUCUUAAGAACAGAAAACACUGAUCCCAGUGCUAGAAACAGACCCCGACAGAUACAAAGGUUUUGGACAAAUGAACAGCCUGAGAAAAGAUUCAGGAUGGAGCCAUGGCCUUCUGAAUGAAAUAGUUACCAGGUAAAAAGUGAGAACUGCCUGAUUUAGUCAUCUAACAAGGUGACAGCUUUGAUUAGUUGGUCCCAAAUGAAAUGCUCCGUAGGGGAACACUUGGGCACAUGUGCAGCAGCAUAGACAGAACACUGAUUUUUUAUCUGGUGUUAGAAAAUUUUUAGUAGGGUCCAGGGUAGUAUCUGGGGAGGGAAGGAGGGAGGAAAGUCCUCAUCUGUGAAAGUCUUAGGAUACAAAAAAAUUGGAAAACUGAAAUUGUCAGCGCAUAAAUUAUCCUUGUAGGAAACGGGAAAAUUUCAAACAUAUCCCUCUGCAUAAGUAGUUAGCAAAACUAUUUAUCGUAUUUAUCUUUUGUAGUUUUGUUCUUUUUCUUUGAAGGCUGUGUGGGAAGGGGUCUAAGAGAGCCUUCGCUCCUUCCAAAGAAGAGGACGCCAACCACUGGUGAGGAUUUGUCCUCGACAAAUUCAGAGAGAUCAUUCCUAGUGAACCUGUAUUUUUCUGUGUGAAUUCUGUUCCUCUAGUCAACUUUUGGAAAAUAAAGUCUGUAAGCAGAAAAAUGGA